AGUUGAGCGUCACAAUAAAUUUGAGAUACUUUCAGAGGAUUUGGACUUGAUGCGUGAAAAAUGCUAAUAUCGGUACCAUGACUUGAAUGGGAUUUGUGCCAGGUGAAUAAAACCAAAGCAUGGAUUGCUGUCCUACCUUGUCCGUAGACUGCUUAUGCUGCGUUCAAGACAACUCAUAAACUCCGAACCUCAGAGUUAAAAUGUGCGUACGUUUUUUGUGUAGAGCUUCCUAUUGGUUGAUUCUAAUACUUUGAAACACUGACCUCAUCUUUCUACAACGAGUUUCCAAGUUGGACAUUUCAGUUUCCUAGUUCUGAGUUUUCUUGAACGCAGCGUUACAGUGUAAGGAAACCAAUUUGUAAUUUGGGUGAACUAUCCCUUUAAGUACAGUGCUGUUGAACGAGAGGGAUAUUGUGGGGGUAAUGUAUGUAGUACCACCGAUUAACAUUAGGUGGCGCCAUGAUCUAAUAUAAAAGUAUAUCUUCGAGUUUACAGUACAAUAGGUAUUGAAAACAUCGUCAGCCUUGGCUUGAACACCGCAAGCUCAAACAACGGAAAGAGCGUGACAACACCAGCACGUUGUGGAAGCGUUUUUACCCAAUUCUCUGAAAUGCAGCUUGGUACUUAAUGAAAGACUGCGCAUAGACUGCUCCAGUUGCCUUUUCUUGUCAGUUUUCCUUCGGUUUCCAAGACACAGCAUUGUAUUUGUUUGACAGCGCAUCCUUGACCAGUUUGGAAUCGAACCCACGGUUGAGAGAUGGAAAAGGAAAAUAAACACGGAUCAUCACAUCAGUACGGCUCUCUGGAAUGCACUAAAUGGAAUACAGACAAUUCCAAAACAGAAGAUGACAUCGUCUCCAUGGCAGACUCCACCAUCACCAUAGAUGACAUCGAGGGAGAGCUUUUCAAGAUUGACAGUAUUCGAGAUGUGCUGGUCAGAAGAGAGUCAGAACUCCGAUACAUGAUGGAUGACAUUCAGCUGUGUAAGGAAAUCACUCGCCUCAAGAAGGAGCUCCAGAAACUGGUGUCCGUACCAGACAAUGACAAGUCCAACGAGGACAGACAGAAAGAGGAGGAUCUUCUCCAGCAGAUUCACAAGCUGGUGGAGACCAGAGAUUUCCUUGUUGACGACGUGGAGUUUGAGAGGCUAAGGGAAAGGGAGGAGGACAAAGAAAUGGCUGAAUUCCUCCAGUCCAAGUUCCCCAGAAACUCCAAGAAGAAAGGUCAGAUUCCAGCCAGACGGCUAACGUCCAGGGCCCAGCAGACCUCGUCACCCUUCACCAAGACAGGCCUGUCCCUGCUGAAGGAGUGCUGUGGCUUCACCUGCUCCAUCAUGUAGGCCGGGCCCUCAGGGGCUCUACCAUGGAGCCAAAAUAGAGCCCUGUUACAUCACAGUUUCAGCUUUCCAACCCGAGUAACACUUGAAGUACGGACAGACAACGAGUUAGUGGAGAAUGUUCACGGAUAUUUUGGGGAUGUCGCCAGGAUGAGAUUGAUGGUGUUUUAUCUCCCAGUCUAUGCUACAUCCCAUCUGGGCUGUGUUUCUCUCUCUCUCUCUCUCUCCCCGUCUCUCUCUGUCUCUCUCUCUCUUUCUGUCUCUCUGUGUCUCUCUCUCUGUCUCUCUCUCUCUUUCUCUCUCUCUGUGUCUCUCUCUCUCUGUCUCCUGCCUUUCCUCUCCCCCCUCACCCUCCCUCUAUCUCUGUCUUCUCUCCAUCAUUAGGGCUCCAGUCUUAUCUGCACUUCUAGUUGGGUUCUAUACCCAGUGUCCCCUCUCCACAUAAGGCUCAUCCCCCAUGAGGCUGUGCAAUGAUCUUCCAUCAUUUGUAUCAGACUAUUCUCAUUCAUUAUUGUCAGAGUCCCUCCCACUGCUUCUCCCCAUUGCUCUCAGAGCAGUUCAUUCUGGUCAAUCUCACUGGCUUUGGUACCUCUGUACCUAGAACCUGUCCCUUCAUGAAGAUUGGAUGUAAACGUAAUUUGCAGAUAUUGCCAUCAAAUGACGUACAAAGCGCUGCUUGUCUACCAGUGACAGAUGUUACAUAUUGCUGCCCCGGUGUAGAUGAUUAUUUAUGAUGCAUGAGACUAAACCCAACAGUGAAGAUGUGCUGUACAGUAUUUUCUAAUCGGAACAUCAUACAUACAUCUCUUUAAGCCCUGUUUAGCCUCCCUAACUCUUCUACAUUUCAAAUGACUGUAGUUGCCUUUGAACAGACUUCCCACUGGCUCACUAAUUCAUAGUCAGCUUUAAUUGAUGGCAGACUAAUCAUGCUGCCAGGUCAACGUUAGCCAGACAUGCAACUGAUGGGCUAAUUAACGUUUCGUGAUAAGAUUAUGGUUUCAUGAUAACAUGACACUAACGUCAGAAUUUAAGCAGCUCACUAAGUCAUUAGUCACUGAUUUGACAACUACGUCCAAUUAAGAGGCCUUUAGGAGUGACUGAACAUACCGACCAACAGAGCUUAACAGAUGAGUCAUCGCUCGCUUCCUUUCUUGUUGUUGUUGUUAUUCAAUACAUACACUCAAAGUAUAUCUUCUAUGGGACAGCAAAAUGACUCAUCCUUCCACAUAGCUGACUUUACACACACUAGAGGUUAGUGUACAGUAUACCGAUCAACAGAAAAGGUUUCCACCUCAACAACAGUCAUUUUAAGUGGAACUGCAGCUGACUGCAGCUAACAUUGUUGCACUUUAUUAUUUACAACAUGUUAUUACUGACAGCAUGUUAUUACUGACAGCAUGUUAUUACUGACAGCAUAUUAUAACUGACAACAUGUUAUUACUGACAGCAUGUUAUUACUGAUAUCAUAGCUUUACUGGCAGCAUGUUAUUACUGACAGCAUGUUAUUACUGACAGCAUGUUAUUACUGACAUCAUAGCUUUACUGACAGCAUGUUAUUACUGACAGCAUGUUAUUGCUGACAUGUUAUUACUGACAUCAUAGCUUUACUGACAGCAUGUUAUUACUGACAGCAUGUUAUUACUGACAACAUGUUAUUACUGACAUCAUAGCUUUACUGACAACAUGUUAUUACUGACAUCAUAGCUUUACUGAUGUCAUGUUAUUACUGACAGCGUAUUAUUACUGACAGCAUGUUAUUACUGACAACAUGUUAUUACUGACAUCAUAGCUUUACUGACGUCAUGUUAUUACUGACAGCGUAUUAUUACUGACAACAUGUUACUACUGACAGCAUGUUAUUACUGACAGCAUAGCUUUACUGACAGCAUGUUAUUACUGACAACAUGUUAUUACUGACAACAUGUUAUUACUGACAACAUGUUAUUACUGACAACAUGUUACUACUGACAGCAUGUUAUUACUGACAGCAUAGCUUUACUGACAGCAUAUUAUUACUGACAGCAUGUUAUUACUGACAGCGUAUUAUUACUGACAACGUGUUAUUACUGACACCAUGUUAUUACUGACACCAUGUUAUUACUGACAACAUGUUAUUAUUGACAGCAUGUUAUUACUGACAACAUGUUAUUACUGACAUCAUAGCAUUACUGACAUCAUAGCUUUACUGACAGCAUGUUAUUACUGACAGCAUGUUAUUACUGCCAACAUGUUAUUACUGACAACAUGUUAUUACUGACAUCAUAGCUUUACUGACAGCAUGUUAUUACUGACAGCAUGUUAUUGCUGACAUGUUAUUACUGACAUCAUAGCUUUACUGACAGCAUGUUAUUACUGACAGCAAAUUAUUACUGACAGCAUGUUAUUACUGACAACAUGUUAUUACUGACAUCAUAGCUUUACUGACAACAUGUUAUUACUGACAUCAUAGCUUUACUGACGUCAUGUUAUUACUGACAGCAUAUUAUUACUGACAGCAUGUUAUUACUGACAACAUGUUAUUACUGACAUCAUAGCUUUACUGACGUCAUGUUAUUACUGACAGCGUAUUAUUACUGACAACAUGUUACUACUGACAGCAUGUUAUUACUGACAGCAUAGCUUUACUGACAACAUGUUAUUACUGACAACAUGUUAUUACUGACAGCAUAUUAUUACUGACAACAUGUUAUUACUGACAGCAUGUUAUUACUGACAGCGUAUUAUUACUGACACCAUGUUAUUACUGACACCAUGUUAUUACUGACACCAUGUUAUUACUGACACCAUGUUAUUACUGACAACAUGUUAUUAUUGACAGCAUGUUAUUACUGACAACAUGUUAUUACUGACAUCAUAGCUUUACUGACAUCAUAGCUUUACUGACAGCAUGUUAGUACUGACAGCAUGUUAUUACUGACAGCGUAUUAUUACUGACAACAUGUUAUUACUGACAACAUGUUAUUACUGACAACAUGUUAUUAUUGACAGCAUGUUAUUACUGACAGCAUAGCUUAACUGACAUCAUAGCUUUACUGACAGCAUGUUAUUACUGAUAGCGUAUUAUUACUGACAACAUAUUAUUACUGACAACAUGUUAUUACUGACAACAUGUUAUUACUGACAUCAUAGCUUUACUGACAUCAUAGCUUUACUGACAUCAUAGCUUUACUGACAUCAUAGCUUUACUGACAGCAUGUUAUUACUGACAGCGUAUUAUUACUGACAACAUAUUAUUACUGACAGCAUGUUAUUACUGACAGCAUGUUAUUACUGACAACAUGUUAUUACUGACAGCAUGUUAUUACUGACAUGUUAUUACUGACAUCAUAGCUUUACUGACAGCAUAUUAUUACUGACAACAUGUUAUUACUGACAGCAUGUUAUUACUGACAACAUGUUAUUACUGACAGCAUGUUAUUACUGACAGCAUAGCUUUACUGACAGCAUGUUAUUACUGACAGCAUGUUAUUACUGACAACAUAGCUUUACUGACAACAUAUUAUUACUGACAGCAUGUUAUUACUGACAACAUGUUAUUACUGACAUCAUAGCUUUACUGACAGCGUAUUAUUACUGACAGCAUAUUAUUACUGACAACAUGUUAUUACUGACAACAUGUUAUUACUGACAACAUGUUAUUACUGACAACAUGUUAUUACUGACAACAUGUUAUUACUGACAACAUGUUAUUACUGACAGCAUGUUAUUACUGACAGCAUAUUAUUACUGACAACGUUUUAUUACUGACACCAUGUUAUUACUGACAACGUAUAAUUACUGACAGCAUAUUAUUACUGACAACAUGUUAUUACUGACAGCAUAUUAUAACUGACAGCAUAUUAUAACUGACAGCAUGUUAUUACUGACAGCAUGUUAUUACUGACAGCAUGUUAUUACUGACAACGUGUUUUUACUGACAACGUGUUAUUACUGACAACGUGUUAUUACUGACAGCAUAUUAUUACUGACAACGUGUUUUUACUGACAACGUGUUAUUACUGACAGCAUAUUAUUACUGACAGCAUGUUAUUACUGACAGCAUAUUAUUACUGACAGCAUGUUAUUACUGACAGCAUAUUAUUACUGACAGCAUAUUAUUACUGACAACGUAUAAUUACUGACAGCAUAUUAUUACUGACAACGUGUUAUUACUGACAACAUGUUAUUACUGACAACGUGUUAUUACUGACACCGUGUUAUUACUGACAGCAUAUUAUAACUGACAGCAUGUUAUUACUGACAACAUAUUAAAACUGACAGCAUGUUAUUACUGACAGCAUGUUAUUACUGACAACAUAUUAAAACUGACAGCAUAUUAUAACUGACAGCAUAUUAUUACUGACAACAUAUUAAAACUGACAGCAUAUUAUUACUGACAGCAUGUUAUUAUUGACAACGUGUUAUUACUGACAGCAUGUUAUUAUUGACAACGUGUUAUUACUGACAACAUAUUAAAACUGACAGCAUAUUAUAACUGACAGCAUAUUAUAACUGACAGCAUGUUAUUACUGACAACAUAUUAAAACUGACAGCAUAUUAUAACUGACAGCAUAUUAUAACUGACAGCAUGUUAUUACUGACAACGUGUUAUUACUGACAGCAUGUUAUUGUGACGGCUGUUGGAAGGAGAGGACCAAGGUGCAGCAUGGUACGUGUCCAUAUUAAUAAAAUGAACACUGAAAUAACAAAAAUAACAAAGAUAACGACCGAAACAGUUCUGGCUGUUGCAGACACACAACAGGAAACAACUACCCACAAACAGGUGGGAACAGGCUACCUAAGUAUGGUUCUCAAUCAGAGACAACGAUUGACAGCUGCCUCUGAUUGGGAACCAUACUAGGCCAAGCACAUAGAAAAGUACAACAGAACAAAACAUAGAAUGCCCACCCCAACUCACGCCCUGACCAAACCAAAAUAGAGACAUAACAAAGGAACUAAGGUCAGGGCGUGACAGUUAUUACCGACAGCAUGUUAUUACCGACAGCAUGUUAAACUGUAUAGGCCUACUGUAAACUGGCCAAAUCCCGUGUCAGUAAUUGUCAGUAAUUACUAGGCAGUCCGUGUCAACACGGAACCACAGUUCAGUGUCAAGUCUCUCCAUGGAGAUGAUAACUUUUCAGCCCGAGACUCCACUUGUGUUUUUCCUGUAUAACACAGUGGGUACGUAAUAGGGCACUUAGUAGGGCACUCCAGUGGGUGAUGGUGAUGACAAGGGUCCAGGACGAGUUAGCCAAGCACCCAGAAUUGGAGUCGUGAGUGUACACUCCACACACAGGGAUCAAGGACUCUUCAUCACGGAGAGCCAUCGCCAUAGCAACCAUGGCGUAGGCAGUCCGAACGAACUGUAUACAAUGAGAAAAAAGCGAUGCAUUACAUACACACACGCUGGUUUCUGUUGGGUGUGUUUUUUAUUUAUUCUCUAAAAUCAAGGUUUAUCUGAAGUCUCCUCUGAAAUCAGGGUUCCUCUGAAGUCUCCUCUGAAAUCAGGGUUCCUCUGAAGUCUCCUCUGAAAUCAGGGUUCCUCUGAAGUGUCUUAACCUUUUCUUUCCCAGGCAGCCCCUAUGACAUGCUAUGGAGCGUUGAUACCGUCACCACACCUCAAUUAUAAAACACAAUUUCAUCAUGCACCAUUUUCCAUGCUCAACAGGGUGGUCAUUUUGUGUUAGCGAGGGGAGGGAAGGAGAGGGGUAGUCUGGCUGACACGACCCUCAUGACUACACAGCGAAGAGCUGUGACCCAUUUGGAGGACUUCGAAAGCUGGUGUCAGGAGGACUUCGAAAGUUGGUGUCAGCCAGACCAAGAGAGAUGGAGGAGAGGAAGGAUAAGCUAGUGUGAGUCAUCAGUAGUAGAGAGAGGAGAGAGCUCCGACAAAGUUCCUGUUGUUGUCGCGACUGUCCUUGGUGAGCUGCCAGAAAGGUUAGUUUUGUCAAUCAAACAAGCAGCAAGCAUAAUCCGGUGACCCCCACACUCUAUCUCUGCACCUCUCACCGCUUUCCUCUGAGUGGGGGAACACAGGGGAAGUGACACGCGGGUGACAUGUAACUGUCAUCACAAGGUUGCUAGGGACUCCCUUGUUUUGGCAGCAUACCUCCCCUGAGUUGGUUCUCUCUCCGUGUAUCACAGCAACAAUGCUGGAUUCUAGUGUUAGUUGUCAAGAACUCAAUACUUCUGCAUUGCUCUCCCACCUUAUCCGAAUCUGUCAACCUCAACUCAAUACUUCUGAAUUGCUCUCCCACCUAAUCCGAAUCUGUCAACCUCAACUCAAUACUUCUGCAUUGCUCUCCCAACUAAUCCGAAUCUGUCAACCUCAACUCAAUACUUCUGCAUUGCUCUCCCAACUAAUCCGAAUCUGUCAACCUCAACUCAAUACUUCUGCAUUGCUCUCCCACCUAAUCCGAAUCUGUCAACCUCAACUCAAUACUUCUGCAUUGCUCUCCCACCUAAUCCGAAUCUGUCAAGCCAGUAUAUUCACAUAACAGUGCCCUCCAGAGGCAUCAUGCCCAUUGAAACUGAGAGACAUGUACCCACUUAAUAUCAUCCGUUUGUAGGAUGAAAUUGAAAAAAACACAAUAGUAGUGUUUGAGAGGUUGUUGCACACUGUCGAUGUUGAUGGGAUGUUGAGUGUAGCCCUAAGGGUUUAUCUUACUUGAGGAUUUCAGAAUGCACUCUAGUUCGUCUCUCCUUUGUAUUGCUGUGUGUGUGUGUGUGUGUGUGUGUGUGUGUGCAUCAGUGUGUCAAAUCCAGAGUGGAAUUUCAAUAGGAUCACUCGGGUCCUACUUUAAAGUGCGUAAGAUGGAGACACUUCAAUGAUCUUUUAUUACUCCUCCUCCACACAUACCUCUCUUCUGUCACUUUCUCGCCAUCUCUCUUCUUUUCCCCCCUCCCUCUUUCUCUCCCUAUUUGACGAGGUCUCUGGAGCCUGAUGUCUCACUCUUUAUCUCUCUCACUGUCAGCUUAGCUCCAUGGUCCACAGUCAUACAGCCUCUCAUGAAAUCUGUCAACCAAAACAGUGUUGUGCUUUGCUUUUUCUUGUUUCGGGGAAUUUGUAUGUGUGAAUAAUGUAUUAUCAGGACAUUGGCUAUUUCAUAGAGUGGAGAACCCAGUAAAAGCGAGUAUUUUUGUAUUUGACAGACGUGUUGUUGUUGGAAAGGUUUCAUUAUUCUGUGUUCAUUGAUUGUACAGUAUGUUUUUAUUAGAUGUGUGUAUAUCCUGAGAAUAGUGUGUAAAGUCAUUGCUUCAGCAGCUGUAUUUGUUACUGCAUGCAUAUUCUAGCAAUUUUGAAUUGAACCGUGUCGCUUACUAUAUUUAUGUAUAUUGAAUGUCCAGUCAUUCAACAUCUUUGCUUCACUGAAAUAUGUGUCGUAAGGGCCUCCCGGGUGGCGCAGUGGUCUAGGGCACUGCAUCGCAGUGCUAACUGCGCCACCAGAGUCUCUGGGUUCGCGCCCAGGCUCUGUCGCAGCCGGCCGCGACCGGGAGGUCCGUGGGGCUACGCACAAUUGGGCUAGCGUCAUCCGGGUUAGGGUGGGUUUGGCCGGUAGGGAUAUCCUUGUCUCAUCGCGCUCCAGCGACUCCUGUGGCGGGCCGGGCGCAGUGCACGCUAACCAAGGGGGACAGGUACACGGUGUUUCCUCCGACACAUUGGUGCGGCUGGCUUCCGGGUUGGAGGCGCGCUGUGUUAAAGAAGCAGUGCGGCUAGGUUGGGUUGUGCUUCGGAGGACGCAUGGCUUUCGACCUUCGUCUCUCCCGAGCCCGUACGGGAGUUGUAGCGAUGAGACAAGAUAGUAAUUACUAGCGAUUGUGAUACCACGAAAAUUGGGGUGAAAAGGGGAUAAAUAAAUAAAAUAAAAAAUUUUAAAAAAGAAAUAUGUGUCGUAACAGGGUUAUAAUUCAAUUUCCAAAGAACCUAAGUGGAACAGGACAAAGCGUAAAUGUACGAUGAUAUAUUUAAACAUUGUGUAUGUAUCUGUGCCUGUGCCAAAUAUUUGGGAAUUGUAUGAAAUUGUGUAGCAUAACAAAAUAAGCUAUGGAUUUAAAUACUUUAUAUUGAAAAAUAAAUAUUGAGAAUAAAA